AAGAUGAAGUCGGUAGUGGCCCAUUUCUCAACGCCUUUAAUCACCGCUCGAUUCUUCCCUACAUGUCUCAUUCAUCGAGCUUCGAUCUCCUCCGUCGCUUUUACCACCGUCCGCCGCCGAAAUUCCUCUCUCACCAUGGCCUCCGCAGCUCAGUCUUCUUCUCAGGCGGUGUCACCGGGGAGUGUGAGCAGUGAUACAGAUGUUUUCAAAUUGAUUCAAGCUCACGAGGAGAAGGCUGCUCGUCUUUCUCCUGUCGAGGAAAUCCGAACUGUGCUUAACGGUAGUGUUCGCGGUAUGCUUUCCACAUUUUCUCAGAAGUAUGAGGGUUAUCCUUCAGGGUCAAUGGUUGAUUUUGCAUGUGAUGCUGAUGGUUCUCCGAUUCUUGCUGUCAGCAGCUUGGCCUUCCAUACAAAGGAUCUGUUAGCUAAUCCCAAAUGCUCACUACUGAUUGCUAGGGACACAGAGGAUAGGACGGGUUUGAGGAUUACUCUACAUGGUGAUGCAGUGUUGGUCUCUGACAAAGAUCAAGCGGCUGUUCGAUCUGCCUAUUUGGCCAAGCAUCCCAAGGCUUUUUGGGUUGAUUUCGGAGACUUCAGCUUCAUGCGAAUUGAACCAAAAGUUGUCAGAUAUGUUUCAGGGGUUGCAACCGCUUUUCUAGGAUCUGGAGAAUUCAGCAAAGAUAAGUACCAAGCAGCCAAAGUCGACCCUAUAGCUCAAUUUGCAAAGCCUGUAACGUCACACAUGAAUAAAGACCAUGAAGAGGAUACCAAAGCCAUUGUACACCAUGUAACAUCUAUCAAUGUGGAGAGCGCCUUGAUGCUUGAUUUGGACAGCCUUGGUUUCAACGUUAAGGCGACUCUUCAAGGCAAUACCUUCAAGAUCCGAGUUCCAUUCCCAAGACGCGCACAAGACAGAAAGGAUGUGAAGACACUUAUAGUGGAAAUGCUUCAAGCUGCUAAAUCGGUCUCCAAAUAG